GGUAUUUGCAACAGGAAAAACUUCUAGCUACCUGCCGUGAAUUUAUUCUGGAAAGCUCAGAUUUGAAAGAAUAUGCAGAGCACUGUACAGAGGAUGGGUUUAUUCCAGCCUGCUUGCUGUCCUUGUGUGGAAAAAACUUGACAACUAUUCUUAAUGAAUACGUAGCCAUGAAAACAAAAGAAACAACAAAUGAAGUUCCAGCAAUGAUGUCAUCUCUGUGGAAAAAAUUAGACUAUACACUUUCUCAGAUCAGGAGCAUGCAGAAUUCCACUGGAUUUUCUGCUAAUCAGAGGACACGUACAAGAAGUGGAAUUGUAGAAAUGAAAAGACAGAGAAUGCUUCAGCAAUCGGCUCCUGCAAACUCAGGGCUGUUGUCAGUAGCCCAGCAGUCAGGGCCACAGAAUUCCUCUUCUAUUGUAUCUCCUCAAGUUAUUCACAGGCCAACAAUAAAUCAGAGCGUGUCACAGACGAGACUGAAUACAUUGUUUGUGCACCAGUCACAAACCCAAGAAAACAAGAUUGGCACAGGAGAUUUCAUACACAUUCAAGUUCCAGCAUCACAAGAACGAAAGCUUCAUUCAAACUUGCUUUCUCCAGGAAGACGGAAAAGUGAAUCUCAGAAGAGGAAAAGCAUUGCAGCAUCUGGGCUUCUUCCAGCAACUAGAAAUUCUCAAGACCCUGAUGAAGUAAUAGUAGAAAAGCAACUGGUUAUUGAAAAUGCCAGAGAAAAAAUCUUGAGCAACAAAUCUCUUCAGGAGAAGCUUGCUGAGAAUAUUAACAAAAUCCUGGGCAGUGAUGGCAAUGUCACUCAGGCCCCUAAACAGACAGACAGUGGUCCCACGGAACAGGAGACUUCAAUUGAUGAAAUCCUUGGACUUCAGGGUGAAAUCCAUAUGUCAGAAGAGGCUAUACAGGACAUUCUAGAACAGACAGAAUCGGAUCCAGCUUUUCAGGCACUCUUUGACUUGUUUGAUUACGGAAAGAGCAAGGUAAACAAGAACUUACCUGCUGGUAUUUCUGGUCAGAGUGGAGUGGAAAAUGCGAUCCUGGUGGAUGAGGAUAACCUGGAAACACUUGAAUGUUCUUUAGGAACAGAAGAAACGACUAAAUGUGAUAAUUCUAGAGAAUCACUAUCCUGUAAAGGUUUUCAGUUAGGAGAAGCAUCAUGUGCCUUGAAGACCAGCAUUAAUGAUGAUGAUAUUGCUAAGAAAAAUACAGCUGAUGAACAGUUGCAUGGAAAUUGUAGACCAAAGAAGCCUCCUGAAAUACUUAAAACCGUUACCCCUGAACAUAUUGGAGAGCUUGAAAUUGCCUUUGACACUGUGCCUGGUUUGGCUGAACCUAGCAAGAGACAGAGUUCUGAUAGCGAAUGUAAUGAACACUGUGGAGAUACUUAUGAUAAAAAAGAGUCGUCUGCAUUAGUGUCUGAAAGUGAAAGAGCUAUAGAAAUUGAAAAAGACCCACUAAGUCACAGUGCUCGAAGUAGUCCUCGUUUAGAGUAUGUUCAUUCUGGUAGUCCGCAGAUUUCUUUGGUUUCACUGGCAGAGGGUCCUACAGCCAGUGAAAACAAAACACAUUCUGGAAGUAAAUGUCACUUAUCACCAGGUACGUCACUGUCUGAAAAAACACCGACAGAAAGCCCUUCUGCUGGGAGCCCUGGCCACAGUGUACUGCUGAGAAGAAACAAUUCAUCGGUUUCCAGCCCGUCAGCAGAUGCAGGAAAAGGACAGGCUGUAACCAACGAUACGGCUGCCUUACCUGGGAUUUUACAGGAGAACGCGAGCCACCACUCUGGCCAUCGGGAACAGAGUACGCAGUCGGACUGUGCUGCAAGAUCUGCAGUGGAGAUUUCGGAUCUUGACAAAACAGAGUUGCAGCUUGAAGUUGUCGACACUUCUAACAAAACUUACUCAAGUGACCAGCAUUCACUUGAUAAGCCUUGUAAGAAAGAUUUUAACCUCCCUUCAGAACUGUCAAACUCAGAGGGGACACAGGGGGAAAUGCAGGAACCAUCAUCUUCUACAAAAGUAGAUGCUGAUAAUAUAUAUUUCUCUUCUGGUGAUGACGCAUGUACAGAAAUUUCUGUAGUAUCCACUGAAAACAAUCUGACUGCGUCUGAAAUACGCCACUCUCCUCUCCCAGAAACUGCAUCCUCAACAGAGGAGUCAGGUACUGAGGCCAAAAGUAUCAGCGGUGUAUCUUCUAGCAGUCAACCAAUGGAUGUUGAUCCUUCUAGUAUAAUGUCCCUCAAGAUCAUCAUCAGCGAUGACCCAUUUAUUUCAUCAGACACAGAGUUAAAUAAUGCUGUUUCCAGCAUCACGGGAGAAAAUUUGCCGACUAUAAUAUUGUCUUCUCCAGCUAAAUCCCCAACCAAAACUGCAGGCCUGUCCAAAUGCCUAACUUCAGAAGACACAGAAAAAAAUGUGGAUUCAGCUUUGGCGGAGCAGAAUCUCCUUGUGCUUAGGCCGAAGGAUCCUGUGGUCACCUCAGUUAAUGUGCCAAACGAGGACUGCACUGUUUUUUCAGUUGCGGGUACAACUAACCUUUCCAAGGAAGGGGGGUUUAUACAGUUGAUGCCAGCAACAAGCACAGCUUUUGGGAAUUCAAACAACCUUUACAUCGCCACCUGUGUGACUGAUCCAGCCACCUUGGGCACAGCUGUAACGCCGUCAAACGUGGUUGUAUUGCCCGGCAAUUCCAUGCCGGUGGCCGCCCAGCCUCCAGCUGUACAACAGUUACGGACUCCUCCUAGAUCCAGCACUACCUUUGCAGCCAACCAGACUGUCUCCCCAAACUUCCCACAGGGUUCUGCCAUUAUAAUUACAUCUCCGGUGCAACCUGUUCUGCAAGGAAUGGUGGGAAUGAUCCCUCUCUCGGUAGUAGGGCAAAAUGGAAACACGUUCUCAGCACCUGCCCGCCAGGUUCUACACAUGCCUGUGGCUAAUCCAGUGUGCAACAGAAGUGUCCCGAAACUUCCCAUCCCUCCCAAAUCACAAAAGAUUCCUGGAGCAAGGAACAAGGCCAACACAGGUACCCGCCUUGCGUUCUUGAGAAGGGCAGAAGAAAGAACUGGAAAUUCAGACAAGCUUAUCACUGCAGAGCUGGGAAGGAAAGUGGAGGAGAACUUACCUGUUGCCCCAGUAGAGACCACAAGCUCAAAUUCAAGACAAAGUGAAAGCCACAGGAGAGUGCUUUGCUUUGAUAACGUCCUGCCCGUUCCAGGAGGAACCACCCAAAUUCAGACUGCUAAGAGUUUAUCCCAAAAAGAAAGAAACGAAAAUAGUUUAUUUGCCGUUGAGACUGCAUCAUCCUCUGCUAAGGCACAGGUAGCAAAAAGAGAGAAAGACAAAACGUUGCCUAGAAUCCUGUGCAAGCCGGAAGUUGGUAGCAACAGAAGCACAUCUGCAAAGGAGCCGCAGCCCGAGCGGAAGGUGGCAACUGCAGGGCUUCCGCUAGAUCCCUUCCACAAGACUACAGCAAAUAAAGAAAAUGAAUUACGAAGGGACAGUGAUGAAAAACAGAAGAACCAGGACACCGCCAAGCUCUCAAAUGGCCAACAAAGCGUCAGCUUAUGGAACGAAAAGACAGUUGCUUCGGUGCAAGAGCUGAACAAAAAGCAAGGGUCGCUGUCGAACGGGAACAGCAAAUCUUCGGGGUCCAUUUCUUUGUCUUCGAAGGAGCCCAAGCGAGAGCCGGCUAAAGUUUCCAACCAAGGCCUUUGCCUGUCAAGUCCGUUCACUAAACAGUGCGUGGAAAUGUUGCAAGACAUUCAGUGGCACAGCCCGAGUAGUAAAACGGCUGAAAACGGAGAAUUGCCAGUGCCCCGUACGCCGUCUGGAGUUGGGGACCGGCACACAGAGGACACUACAGACAGUGUGCGGACCCCGACCUGUCGGCGCUUCAAUGAGGACAGCACGACCCCGAGGAUAAUGGUGCCCCCGGCUACGCCAGACUUGCCUGCCUGCAGCCCGGCUAGCGAAACGGGCAGCGAGAACAGCGUCAGCAUGGCGGCCCACACGCUGAUGAUACUGUCCCGGGCAGCCAUUGCAAGGACUAGCACCGCAACCCCCCUGAAGGACAAUACUCAGCAGUUCCGAUCUUUAAGGAGCGCAGUAAAGAAAAGGAAACUAGAAGACUUGAAUGAGGGCGAGAGAAAUUCUCGUUCUGCAAAUAGAAAAGACCUUCAAAGCUCUCCAACACCAUCAAAAAAGAAGAAAAUAAAGGCCGUACCUGAGCCGUGCUCGCUGGCUCGUACUGCGUGUGCGACAGGAUCCGAGGGGCUGCGCCUGGCUGAGCUCGGGGUGGGCUGCUGCUGGGGCCGAGAGCCCCGCUGCUCCCGGCCCGGCCCGGCCCACAGCUGCGCCUCCUGUGCCCUGGGGUACGGGGGAGCACACAGGCACUUCAGCGGCUGA